GAAUGAUCCUACGAAAUCAUCUCCAAAAAUAAAUUUAAGCACCUAGCUACGCAUACAAAUAUGCGUUUUCUCCCAUCGAUUAUUCAGCACGGCAAAAAAAAAAAAAUUGAGCAAUUUCCCAAAAUCCGCAGAACGCCGCCGAGCCUGCCUUCGCGUGUGGUGUGUGUGUUUUUUGUUUAAGUCGUAGAUAAUGAAUUAUAAAUAUUAUAAGAGAAAGGGGAAAAAGAUAUACAGGAGAAUGAAGAAAACGUUGGGAAAUUUGUUUGAGAGGUUGGUACCGACCACAUCAGUUCCCCCCAUAAACAAAAGCAGCCUUAGAAAAGGAGGAAGAAGAAGAGGAGAACGAGAAGGACUCACAAAGAAUAACGAAGCUUUUGCGAAUUUUGCAAUAAAAGUGAACCAUAACAAAUCCGGAUGGCAAAACAAAGUAAUAUCAGUAAUGCAGAGUUGCCCAGGAGCACAAUUCAACAUGGACGAAAAGGGAAUUCUUGAGGUGUCUGGAAUAUGCGAUCCAUAUCAAGUGUUGAGGAAGACUGGACCACAAUCGAGCCGAAUAGAACUUAGGCGGUUUCAGUUUGGGCAAUGCUCCAGCAAGCUCUUCUUCAUUCCAGAGAAUAAUAAUAAUAAUAAUAAUAAAAAGGAAAAAAAGAAAAAGGAAUCCUUAGCAGAUAAAAAGGAGGAAUUAUUUCCUCACCAUAACAAACAAGAUGAUGAAGGCACAAUUGUUCCUGCACUGCCUUUACUUCAACAACAGGUCAGCCCCUACAAUAAUUACUACAAAAUCCCAUUCCCAUCCCGUUUUAAUUAUUAUCCUACCAAUAGUUAUAAUAAUCUCCCUUUGAUGUACAAUCCCAAUCCCAAUGGAUUAGGUGGUGAUACACAAUUAGUCUUGAAUUUCAUUGGUGUUUUGGGUGUGACAUGA